AGUGCUAUGGCUGCCGCCGGCCCGGCUGAGGAGCCUUCGUCACUGCCGGCGGCAGCCCCAAGCAAGCCGGCCCCACCUUCUUUACCGGCUGCAGUUACGGCUGGAAGGAAACCAAAAGCACGUCUGGUGUAUCCGCAUCCCCCGAGGAACUCUCGCCUGUCUCGGUCCGUCCUGCGCUGGCUCCAGGCCCUGGAUCUCAGCUUCUUCCCUAGGAAUGUCACCAGGGAUUUUUCAAAUGGCUACCUAGUUGCAGAGAUAUUCUGUAUAUACUACCCCUGGGACCUUAGACUAUCGUCCUUUGAAAACGGAACCUCCUUAAAAGUCAAGUUGGAUAACUGGGCGCAGAUAGAGAAGUUUCUAGCCAAAAAAAAAUUUAAACUACCUAAAGAACUAAUCCAUGGAACAAUUCACUGUAAAGCCGGGGUGCCCGAAAUACUGAUACAGGAGGUUUACACAUUACUAACACACCAAGAAAUUAAAAGUAUCCAGGAUGAGUUUGCCAAUUUCACCGACUAUAGUUACCAAAUGCGUUUGCCCCUGGUGCCAAGGUCUACAAUUUCGAAGUCUAUUAAAGAUAACAUUAGGUUAUCAGAACUGCUAAGCAACCCCAAUGUACUCAGCAAUGAACUCAAGAUAGAAUUCCUCUGCCUUUUACAAAUGUUGCAAAGAAAAUUAAGUAGAAAACUGAAUCCAGGGUGGUUUGAUUGCAAACCAACAGUGGGAGAAAUCACAAUCGACCAUCUUCCUGUCCAUAGCUGUGGGCGCAGAUACAAAAGAAAGGUUUCAAAGGAAAAAGCUGCCUCUGCUUUACGAAAAUCAGGUAACGAUGGCAAGCCACAUACAGAAAUUCAGGUGAAGCAAAGUGGAAAACCUUCUUGUGAGUCCAUUACAAAACCUAUGAGAAAUAUGGAAGAAACAACGAAAGCCACAUACAAAUGCCUCUGAAGAGAUGUCACUACCACCUACCACAAUAUGAGCAUAUAACAGUCCACUCAGUCUUGGAUGCAUUUAAAAAAUAAAUAACUUAAAUUGGUGU